AUUCUUGAGCUGCUUAUUUUAUUUCCACGCCCUGCGACUGCAACUGAGCCCUGAAGGAGGUCGGCCGCGAACGACACACAACGACAGUUACGGUCAGAUAUGCUUCCUGCUGCACGGCACUUUUACAGUACAGAGGUGCUCAACCAUCAAGAAGGUCCGCGCACGACAUUGUACAACUUCCCACCAUCAUCGCCGCGCCGUGCAGAGCGACAUGCCAGGCCUCUCGCUCCUAUCGCCCAUUAGGGAGGCGGAAGAGUUCAGUCCCUACCAGAACUCGUUCCGCCGGACACGAUCACCUGGCCAGCGGUCACCACUGGCGAAGGCGCCAUACCACCAUGUGCGGGACACAGUGGUGGGCACCCCCGUCUCGCCAGAAAUGGCUGUGGACGACCUGUGGAUAUACGACUGUUACGUAUCCGAAGACGCGACCUCGCCAGGCGGAUAUCCGCGCUCACCCUCCACGCCCUCCCACAGCCGCUCUAUCAGCGUGCCGUCGACGAAUGCGAGCUACUCGCCCGCCACUUACAUGCCGGUCGCGAGGGAGCCGAAUUCGACUUCUAUCAACGCUGCGCCGCGCCCGGAUUCCCGUGAUACGCAGCGUGUGUUCGUGCACGACGAAGACUCAGGAGAGGCCACCGAGCUGGCGUACGACACUCUCCCCCAGAUCACCACGUCCGUAUUCAGCCCCGCAACGCCCGCGGAGUUCCCCGAGUACUCGCCGCUAGAGCAGGAGGCGAUGUCGAUCUGGGAGGUCAUCGACGAGCUCGCGGCGGCAGCGGACCAGUUCGCGGGGCUCGAGACGCUGCUGGCCGAUGUAGGCGCUUUGGAUCCGCCGCCGGAGAUGGACGAGGACAUGGCGUUUUGGUUCGUCGAGGGCCUGAACCUACUCGUCGGCGACUGCAGCGAGGUUGCGCGGGACCUGCUAAAGUUCAACGAGUACGUUGGGCUGCUGCUGCAGGAGCAGGGGCUUGCGGUGCCGUUGGACACGCGCUCGGUGAAGCAUGCGUCGUUCUCGGAGCAGGACAUGAAGGAGGUCCUCGAGACGGCGAAGAACAUCCCGAAGGUGGAAGUCCAGAAGGCGCUUGCGGCGCUGGAGGUGUCGAGCCCGGUGCGAGGACCAAAUAGCCAGCGAAAGUCGUCACGCGACCGGCCGCCGUCGUUGAAGCUCUCGACAGAUGACGCCGUCUUGAUACAGGCCCUUCGACCACGCUCGAGGCUUGAGAGCGUGGGUGCUAUGAGUCGCUUCUCAAAUGCGGAGUCAGACUCGAGGAACGAGAUAUUGAGGAAGCAUCGGGCGUAUGCGAUAUACCAAGAGGAAACUCCUAUCGAAGACAAUUGGUCAACGAAGAGCAUAGUGGACUACGAUGCUAUCGAGCCUAUGGCAGAGAUCCAGGUGGCGCCCGAGUCUCCCGCUGUUGCACGACCAAGGCCAAAUUCGGGCCAAACCGUGAUGCCACGACCAAUGUCCUCACCAGUUGUUUCCUCGUUCAAAGCGGCCGCUCGACGGCCACCGUCACUUGUGUUAACCGACGGGACCUCUGAGCGGUCGAGCCAGCACUCCUCAUCAAGUUCCGUGUCCUCUCUGUUCUCCGGCCUCCCCCGCUCGUCCUUCACAACCAACUCCUCUCCGCGCUCCUCUCCCCGACAAUCAAUCACCUUUGAAGGCAAGCCAGAGAAACCUCGGUUUCCGGCGGCCUCCGGGAACAUCAAGAACAUGUUUUCUAAGCUCUUCAAGAAGCGCGAAGGGCGCGAGGCCCCACCGUCGCGCUCUUCAAUGCGCCCCUUCUCAAAACGUACAGCGGGUAGUAGCGCCUCGGUCGACGCGACCCUGUCUGCGCUCUCGCUGUCUGCAAUGUCUUCUUCGACCACCAUCACGCCUCUCGCGCUGGGCACCGAGCGCGAUCCCUUCGCCAUGUCGCCGCCGCCGCCAAUGCGCACACCGCCACCACCGCCGUCGCCGCAUGCCCGAUCAGCGUCGGAGGCGUCGCCGCUGGACUCGUACUCGAGCAUGUUCAACCCCGUGAAGGCGGCCUCGCGGUUCCCUCCACAGCCUCUGUUUGGAGAGCACACCCCUUGAUCUGUCUGCGCUAUCUAUUGCAUUUUUCCGCGCGUAUUGCUGCAUGUUGUAUCGCAUCCUCGUCAUCCCCGUACAUACAUUACUGACUAUCGUCGCUCUUUGCUCGUCUUCCGCAUGUUGUAACUCUACCACUGGAUUAAUUUAACGUCACGACCUUGUUCUUAC